AUGGAAGGCGACGAUGGUCUUUUGCUCAACUUGGACGCUGCUCCUCCGCCUUCCACGCAAAAGAAUAAGAACAAGUCUCGUAAUGGAAGCUCGAAAAAACGCGCACGCGUGCAGGAGUCCUCGGCAGAAGAUGCAGCUACAACCAAGCGCACACGCGGCUUGUCAGGUGCAGGAACAAGCGCAGGGGCACGUAGGCAGCCUUCUCCCACAAUCAGCAUACCAAAAGAAAGCACUUUGAGUGAGGAGGAUCGAGCUGCUAUCAUCAAGGCGCGUGCUAUGUCGCUGGGGUCGAGCUCAAAGACGACAUCAUCACAUGAUACGGCACCAAGGUCGAAGGGGGGAAGCCAUGGUUACGUAUCGUCACUCUUUGCCAGGGAUGAAGCAGGUGCUUCUGAACCAGCAGGUUUGCCAGAAACGCCACGGUCUGCGCCCUCGAAUGCGCCGUCGUCCAACGCAUCCUCGUUCGAAGCAUUGGGCCUGGACGAGAUCCUCGCAACACACCUUCGUGAAAGAAUGGGUAUUGACGGUAAACCUACCGACAUCCAACGGCUGGCGAUUCCUCCGCUUAUUGCCGAGCCGCCAUCGCCGACGUCGCAGCGUGAUGUGCUCAUCCAAGCACAGACAGGUAGCGGAAAAACACUCACGUACCUACUUCCUAUCGUGCAGUCGCUUCUUCCUUUCUCGGAAGAGAGCUAUAUUGAUCGGAGUAUUGGCACACUAGCGAUCAUUCUUGCGCCGACGAGGGAAUUGGCUAGGCAAAUAUACCAGGUGCUGGAGCGUCUCUUGACGAUGUCGCUCACGUCGCAGCACGAAGCAGCGGAUGGGACGCUCUUACGUCGUCGUGCGCGCUGGAUCGUGCCGAAUCUACUCACAGGCGGCAGCACCAAGAACCAUGAAAAGCAGCGCAUCCGCAAGGGAUCUCCUAUCAUUGUGUCGACGCCUGGCCGGCUGUUGGAUCACCUGCAGAACACAUCGAGUUUGGACGUGGGCAAGUGUCGCUGGCUUGUACUGGAUGAAGCAGACAGGUUGCUGGAGAUGGGCUUUGAAGAGCAGCUGUCGGGGAUUGUCAAAGCCCUCGAUGGCCGUCGUCGUCUCAGUGUGUCGACGGCGCGAGAAGCCUUGCUGAACAAUGGUGUGAUAGAGCCCCAUGCCCCGGACUCGCAGGUGACAGAUUCGCUCGGCGUAGCAUGGUGGGCGUGGCGCCGACGGGUAGUCUUAUGCUCUGCUACACUCGACGAGCGUGUGCAGGUGUUCUCUGGCACGACCCUUCACCAACCAUUGCUUAUUCGUGCAGGCAUGCAUCAAGCGGUGGAACCAGCACCAGGCACAAGGCAUAAAGACGCAUCUGGUCCUACAUCCGACUCUGCUCAGAGUGUAGGGAAUAGGACGGCAGAGGAUCACGAGCCGGCCUCUCUCGAUGCCCCGGUCGACUUUAAUGGCCCAACGUUCUCAGCUCCUGCGCAGCUUGCGCAGCAUGCGGUGAUUGUGCCACCGAAGCUCCGACUCGUCACGCUGCUAGCGCUUCUUCGACAAAGCUUACCACGCGCCUCUGAAGCGGCUCAUCCUGCACGUGUCAUGGUCUUUCUCACUUGUACAGAUACUGUCGAUUUCCACUGGCACGCUAUUGGUGGCGCGCGUAUGGGCCAGCUGCCGACGAAAGACAGUGACACAUCACGGCCACUCCCUUCUAGUCAGGACAUGCCACUUGCCCAAAAAAGCGAUCUUUUGCCCGGCGUGCCGAUCUAUCGAUUGCAUGGCUCUAUGACGCAGAAAGAACGAAUUGCCUCUUUACGAGCCUUUCACACACUUGAGGACGGAACGGACGCUGCUCCUGCCAAGCGGGGAGGCGUACUGCUUUGCACGUCCGUCGCUUCGCGUGGCCUGGAUCUUCCGCACGUCAGCUGUGUCAUUCAAAUGGAUGUCCCCACCGAAGGCGGGGUAGAAGAGUAUGUUCAUCGUGUCGGCCGUACAGCCCGUGUAGGACGAGAAGGUACGAGCUGGCUCAUGCUGAUGCCGCAUGAGAGGCCUUGGCUCGAUGUGCUUACCCAGCGCAUGGUCGUCGGAGAACCGCCGCGGCGUGCAUCUGUGCCAGUGGUCGGCUACGACACCGUGCUGUAUGAAGGAUUCGGCGGCGCCGCACGUGAGUACGAAUCGCGCGCCACAGACGUGCAGAUGGCUUUGGAGCGUUGGGUCCUCGCAGACCCAAGCCACGCAAGCUUGGCACGUACAGCAUUUCUUGCACAUAUUCGUGCGUAUGCGACGCACCCAGCGAGUGAGAAGGCCAUUUUCCAUGUGAAUCAACUGCAUCUAGGACAUGUGGCCAAGGCCUUUGCGCUUCGCGAGGCGCCUCAGACCGUGCAACGGACGGCAAAGAAGGAGCACGAGCGGCAGACGCAGCCGAAAGCGCCAGAAAAAGACACCGAAAUACGUCGUCAACGUAUGCUAGCCAAUCUUCCGACAGAAUCUAUGUAG